UUCCCCCUCUUCCCAUUGGCUGAGGCGCGGCGGGAGCGGGAGGUUCGCUCUCUCGCCGCUCUGAGGCCUGGACGCCCGGGAGGUCCCGAACCCCCCUCGGGUGAACCGGCCCCGGGGAACCGGCCCCGCGCUGGGCCCCAUGGAGCGGCAGCGGGAGGUGAAGGCCGUACUGAAGCAGUGGGAGGCGGCAUUCCUCCGGGAGCGGCAGAGGAAGCCCACCCAGGCCGACAUCGAGGCGGCUCCGGAGGGCACCAGACGGCUCUACAAGGAGUACAAGAUGCUCAAGCAACAGAGAGAAGAGUCGGAUCCUUCCCGGCUCGGCUCUUCCUGCCGGGAGACCUCAACCACGGAGCAGGCACCAGACUCUGGUUGUUGGGGCGCACACCUGAACCGGCAACAGAAAAACCAGGAGCAGAGCCGUCGCGGCAGCGGCGUGCCAAAAACCUCGGCGCAGUACUACGGGAUGAAGCUGAAAUCCAACCUGGGAGCUGCCGGGAAGGAGACACCCCUGACCCCGAGGAGAACCCCGAUUCCCAGGAGGAGCGUCCCCAGGCUGCGGACAAAUUUGGGGACAGGUGACAAAGCCACAUCUCCGGCGGAGGCUUCGCAGAGCGAGGGAAACGAGCCGGGAGAUCUCAUCCUUCCUCCCUCGGUGUCGGGGUUGGCUCCCAUCAUCCUCGCCACGGGUUUGAAGCCGUCUCUGCCGCCGCCGAAUAAAUUCCAGCAGCUGAAACGGACGGUGGUACAGAGACUGGGCUCGCUGGAUCCCGCCUGGCUGCGGAGGUGCCAGGGGACACCCGGGGACGAAGGGAUGAUGCCGGGUGUCACGGAGGAGGGGGAGCGGGGAGAGAUCCCCCCAGAGAAGGAGGGAGGUGAUGGGAGGCCGUCAGCAGGAGACUCCGGGAGGAAAAGGCCGUGCGGAGACGGCGCAGAAGAUGUGGCGGCCACCACAAAGCUCAAGCGGUGUCGCCGAGGCUCGGCGGAGGGAGAGUUUGGCGCUGCCGGCGGGCUGAAGCAGAGCAAGGAGGAAGAGGAGGAGAAGGAGGAAGAACGCGUGGGAGCCCAAAAGGAGAGCGAGAAGAUGUCGGAUCCCUCGGAAAACAUCCUCGGGGAGUUCGAGGAGGAGAAACCCAGAUCCACCCGCAGAGCCGUCGCUGCCAGAGCGCUUCCGCGGAGCGGCGACAACUUCGUCAGGCUUAACCUGAAGAAGAAAUCUUACGUCCGAGGUUCCGCCCUGCGGGGAAAUCGCCUUCGCAAACAGGUGCGGAAGCAGAAGUGGCUGAAGAAAGCGGAGCGAUUCGGAGGAGGCGGCGGAUCCGUCGACCGAUGCUCGGACGUCUGCUUCAGGUGCGGCGAGACGGGGCACUGGGCAUCUGCGUGCCGGGGCCGAGGGACUCGCUUCUCGCCCGCAGAGACGGCUGCUGGCCUGCUGCCGGAGGAGAGCAGCGUCGCUGAUGAAGAGGAGGAAGCUCCCCUGCCCACGCUGGAAGAAGUGGCCCGGAGAACCAACACCGUUUACCGAGAACUCUCCGAGAGCGGAGGCAGCAACCGGGAAAAAUCCGAGACUUUGGAGGCGACGACGACUUACCUGGAUAUCCAGAGGCCGGCGUACGAGCCGCCGGCUCCCCCAGCGCCCGUGGAGCCCCUCUACAGCCCCGAGCCGGAGGGGAAGGUGCAAGAGACCCCAGCGGAGGUGUUUGAGGCUCUGGAGGUGUUGGGCUACAGCUCCUUCCGCCCGGGCCAGGAGGUGGCUGUCAUGAGGAUCCUGUCAGGCUUGUCCACGCUGGUGGUGCUAUCGACGGGGAUGGGGAAGUCCCUCUGCUACCAGCUCCCCGCUUACCUCUACCACAAGCGUUCCAAGUGCAUCACCUUGGUGGUCUCCCCGCUGGUGUCCCUGAUGGAUGACCAGGUCUCGGGCUUGCCGCCAUGCCUGAAAGCCGUCUGCAUCCAUUCCAACAUGACCAAAUCCCAGCGGGAAGCAGUGAUGGAAAAGGUGAGGCAGGGCGAGGUGCAGGUGCUGCUGCUGUCCCCCGAGGCCCUGGUUGGGAAAAGCGGAUCGGGAUCCGGUUACCUGCCCUGCGCCGAUCGUUUGCCGGCCGUGGCUUUCGCCUGCAUCGACGAAGCUCACUGCGUCUCCGAGUGGUCCCACAAUUUCCGUCCCUGCUACCUGCGGCUCUGCAAGGUUCUCCGGGAUCGCCUGGGCGUACGCUGCUUCCUGGGGCUGACGGCAACUGCCACGCUUGCCACGGCACGGGACGUGGCCCAACAUCUCGGCAUUCCGCCGGAGGAAGGGAUAACGGUGCGCUCCGCUGCCGUGCCUCCAAACCUCCGCCUCUCCGUCUCGAUGGACGAGGACAGGGAUCAGGCCCUCGUCUCCCUGCUGCGGGGGGAGCGUUUCGGGUGCCUGGACUCCAUCAUCGUCUACUGCACGCGGCGGGAGGAGACCACUCGUAUCGCGGCGCUUAUCCGGACCUGCCUCCAAGGAAUGCCGCUCAAGGAACCCACCGGAGCCGGGACUCCAGGCCGGGACGCUGCCGAAAGGAAGAAGGGAAAGGGUAGGCGGCACGGCUUCGCUCUCAGAAAGGAACCAAAGAGCGGCCGCCGCCCGCUGAAGUGGAUCGCGGACGCUUACCACGCCGGCCUGUCCGCUGCCGAACGUCGCCGCGUCCAGAACAGCUUCAUGAGCGGCCAGCUCCGCGUGGUGGUGGCCACGGUGGCCUUCGGCAUGGGAUUGGAUAAAUCGGACGUCCGUGGCGUCGUCCAUUACAACAUGCCCAAAAAUUUUGAGAGUUACGUGCAGGAGAUCGGUCGGGCCGGGCGAGACGGUGAGCCGGCUCGUUGCCAUCUCUUCUUGGACCGGGAGGGCCGGGAUCUCCAGGAGCUGCGGCGUCACAUUUAUGGCGACACGGUGGAUUUUUUCACCGUCAAGAAGUUGGUGCAGAUGGUUUUUUCUCCCUGCAAGUGCCUGGAGCUGCACCGGAAGCACCAAGACAUCGUCAAGGAAGGGGAGGCGGAGGACGCCGAAAUAGCCGAUCUCUCGGAGGAAGACGUCGACGCGACGAGGCGGAGCGAGCGACGAGCGUGCUACAAACACGAGCGAGCCGUUCCCAUCCAACAAACCGUGGAAUCCUUGGACAUGUGGGAGGAAGGCAUCGAGACCCUCCUUUGUUACCUGGAGCUUCACCCGCGGCGCUGGCUGGAGCUGCUGCCUCCCACCUACUCUUCCUGCCGGCUGCUGUGCUACGGGGGACCCCGGCAGCUCCGGGCUGUGGCACGGAGUUCUCCCCCCGUCGCCGUUUUCCUGGCCCGGGAGCGCCUGGCGGGGAGGGACCACGGUCACGCCAGCUCCCUGGAGUUCGACGUCGUCUCGCUGAGCGACUCCAUGGGUUGGGAAGUGCCGUUGGUGAAACGCGCCCUGCGCCAGCUCCAGUGGGAUCCGCGGUUGCGGCAAGAUGGCCGCGGCGAAGGGAAGAGCGGGGUCCUGGUGGAGUUUGGAGACCUGUCCUUCCACCUACGCGCCUACGGCGACCUCACCGACCAGGAGCUGGACUCCGUCUGCGAUUUCCUCCACCGACGGGUGAUAGCCCGGGAGAAGACGGCUCUCGACCAGCUCCGCGCCUGCUUCCAGGCCUUCCAGAGCGUGGCCUUCCAGACCUGUGAUCCUCACCCCGAGGAUGAGGAAGAGGAGAGGAGCUCCCGCCUGAAGGCUUUGCUCAGCGACUACUUCGAGAAGGAGCCCGUUGGAGAACAGGCUGAGCCUGGCUGUGAGGAAGAGGAGGAAGAUGAUCUCGGCGAUGCUAAACUGCGGGACUGGGAAAGCCAAAUCCGCGCCGACAUCCGCCAUUUCCUCGCCAUCCGCCAGGACGAGAAGUUCUCCGGCAGAGCCGUUGCCCGGAUAUUUCACGGCAUCGGCAGCCCCUGUUUCCCUGCCCAGAUCUACGGCCGCGACCGCCGGUUUUGGAGGAAAUAUCUCCCCUUUGACUUCCACCAGCUCGCCCGCCUGGCCACCGAGGAGAUCCUGGCCAGCAGGUGAGGGCAGGAGACGAAACGGCGCGGUCACCUCGCCGCGUGACGAGCACGGGCUCGUUUACUGCCUACAUGCGCCCCUGCCUGCUCCUGCCUUGCCCUGAAGCUGCACGAGAGGGGCCAGGGAGGCCAAGCGCUGCCCUUCCCCCGGCUCCGGGGCUGCCUGUCCUGCCUGUCCUGCCUGCCGGGGGGCUGCCUGCGCUGCCCGCGCUGAGCCGGCGGGGAUUUUUAUCUGGAUUUUAUCAAGGAAUUAAUAAAGGGCACCAACCUUUACCCCGUCCCUGCCUCCACUUUGCUGCCUGCGCCCAGGGAAUCAUGGGGGGGGAGGGGGGAGGCUGUUGCCAUGGUGAUGUGGAGGUGUUGUUACUAUGGCAACGGCAGGGGAGGUGGUACUGGGUGGGGGGAGGCUGUUACCAUGGCGAUGGGGCGGUGGCUGUUGCCAUGGUGAUGCAGAGGAGGCUGUCACCAACCACGGAGGGGGGUCCAUCACCGUGGCAACGGGGGGGUGAUGGGGACAUGUCACCGUUGCCAUGGUGAUAAGGGGAGAGGGUGUCCGUUGCCAGGAGGGUACCGGGGUCCCUGCCCUCACCGCACCCAGCAGGCUGUGACCACCCCGGCACCCCUGUGUGCCACCGCAGCUCUGGCUCCCUGCCUGCUCCCUGCCCGCUCCCUGCCCGCACCGCCCAGCGAGCACCCGGCUCUUGGGGAGCCCUAGGGAG